ACGUAUUGAGACACAGCCAUUGUCUCAUUGCUUUUCGUUUCAGCGCAUCGUGAACACACAGGUGUUUCCACGGAAUAAAGCAGCUUUUAUAAAGAUAAACAAAUGCACAAGGUUUCCUACAAAGGUGUUUGCUGCGCCAUUGUGCUCCCAUCAGCACAUUCUAUACAGGGGGUCCCGUGGGCGUCGCGCUUAUGCUGUAUUGGUGACGGAGCUUUUGCUCGUGGAUGAUGAGGAUGAGGAUGAUGAGGAGGAGGAUGGUGGGGGGUGAAAGGGACGGGGAGGGCGGUGCACCGAGGGAAACGUCAUUGGCAUCAGGGGCGGCUUGCAUCAGCACAGUAGUAGUGUUAGUGGCCAGCGCACUGAACUGUAAAACACAUUUCUAUGUCUCUUCCUCCUGUCUUCUUCCACGCGCACUCACGCUAGCCUCGCCUCUCUCCCAUCACUCGAACGGUGCAGGACCCGCGUGCUCGGCCGCCGGCUACCGCAAGGCAGAGGAUGAGAUGUCCGGGACCACAUCACAUGCGGACCCGAUAGAUGCCACAGCGAGGACCGUGCUGCUCAACCGAGCCCAGACCACCAAAUUUUGUGACAACCAUGUCAGCACGGCUAAAUACGGGAUCCUUACCUUCCUGCCGCGGUUCCUGUAUGAACAGAUCAGGCGAGCGGCUAAUGCUUUCUUUCUCUUCAUCGCUCUUAUGCAGCAAAUCCCUGAUGUCUCACCGACGGGUCGCUACACAACACUGGUGCCCCUUAUCUUUAUUCUGACAGUGGCUGGGAUCAAGGAGAUCAUUGAGGAUUAUAAAAGACAUAAAGCAGACAAUACGGUUAACAAGAAAAAGACAACAGUUCUGCGUAACGGAGCAUGGCAAACCAUCAUAUGGAAGCAGGUGGCAGUGGGAGACAUAGUCAAGGUGACCAAUGGGCAGCAUCUUCCGGCUGACAUGGUCAUAGUGUCCUCCAGUGAGCCUCAGGCAAUGUGCUAUACUGAAACAUCCAACUUAGAUGGUGAGACCAACCUAAAGAUCCGACAGGGUCUCUCUGUCACAGCUAGUUUUCAGUCUCUGGAGGAACUGAUGGCUUUGUGUGGUCGUCUUGAAUGUGAGGGGCCAAACAGACACUUGUAUGACUUCACUGGAACACUGCGCUUAGACAACCUCAACCCAGCUCCACUUGGGCCCGACCAGGUGUUGUUAAGAGGAGCCCAGCUCAGGAACACGCAGUGGGUUGUGGGAAUUGUAGUUUACACUGGACAUGAUUCAAAGCUCAUGCAGAAUUCAACUAAAGCUCCACUGAAGCGCUCUAAUGUGGAGCGUGUGACAAACAUGCAGAUCCUGGUUCUGUUCGGGAUUCUCCUGGUCAUGGCGCUGGUCAGCUCCAUCGGCGCCGCCAUAUGGAACAAACAGCACACAGAUGAGGCUUGCUGGUACCUUUCUCGUGCAGGUGACAUCUCUCUGAAUUUCUGGUACAAUCUGCUAACCUUCAUCAUCCUCUAUAACAACCUGAUUCCCAUCAGCCUCCUGGUCACGCUAGAAGUGGUCAAAUUCACACAGGCUCUCUUCAUCAACUGGGAUGUUGAGAUGUAUUACGCCGAGACAGACACUCCUGCUAUGGCCCGAACGUCCAAUCUGAAUGAAGAACUCGGCCAAGUAAAAUAUCUAUUUUCAGAUAAGACCGGCACUCUCACCUGCAACAUCAUGCACUUUAAGAAGUGCACGAUAGCUGGAAUUACAUACGGGCAUUUCCCAGACCUGGACUGCGAUCGAUCCAUGGAGGAUUUCAGUCACCUUCCCUCUACGAGUAAUAAUUCCACUGAGUUUGAUGAUCCUGCUCUUAUCCAGAACAUUGAGAAGAAUCAUCCUACAUCGCCGCAGAUUUGUGAGUUUUUGACCAUGAUGGCUGUUUGUCAUACUGUUGUUCCUGAGCGAGAAGGAAACCAAAUUAUCUUCCAGGCUUCCUCACCAGAUGAAGGAGCGCUGGUUAAAGGUGCCAAAGGUCUGGGUUUUGUUUUUACGGCACGAACCCCACAUUCAGUCAUCAUAGAAGCGAGAGGAAAAGAGCAGACAUAUGAGCUUCUUAAUGUACUGGAAUUUUCCAGCAAUCGCAAACGGAUGUCAGUGAUUGUCAGAACACCUACGGGAAAGCUUCGACUUUAUUGCAAGGGAGCGGACAAUGUGAUUUUUGAGCGUCUGAAUGAGGCGUCAGAAUAUAAGGACCUGACCUUGGCCCAUCUGGAGCAGUUUGCCACAGAAGGGCUGCGGACACUUUGUUUCGCAUAUGUGGACCUCGAGGAGGGGGAGUAUAAGGAAUGGCUGAAGGAGUACAAUCGUGUCAGCACUGUGCUAAAGGACAGAGCACAGAAACUAGAGGAAUGCUACGAACUCAUAGAGAAGAACUUGCUGUUGCUGGGUGCCACUGCGAUAGAAGACCGACUGCAAGCGGGAGUCCCAGAAACCAUAGCAACACUCAUGAGAGCCGACAUCAAGAUCUGGGUUCUGACCGGAGACAAGCAGGAGACGGCCAUCAAUAUUGGUUACUCCUGUAGGCUGGUGUCGCAUGGCAUGUCCCUCAUCAUCGUCAAUGAAGAUUCCCUGGAUGCAACCAGGGCCACACUAACAGCUCAUUGCUCCUCGCUGGGUGACAGUCUGAGGAAGGAGAAUGAGUUGGCUCUCAUCAUAGAUGGACAGACGCUCAAAUACGCCCUCUCUUUCGAAGUGCGUCAGGCCUUCCUCGACCUCGCGCUGUCCUGCAAGGCCGUUAUCUGCUGCAGGGUGUCUCCGCUGCAGAAGUCAGAGAUCGUGGAUAUGGUGAAGAAGCAUGUGAAGGCCAUCACGCUGGCUAUCGGAGACGGAGCCAACGAUGUGGGCAUGAUACAGACGGCACAUGUGGGAGUGGGCAUCAGCGGGAACGAGGGCAUGCAAGCCACCAACUCAUCUGACUACUCUAUAGCCCAGUUCUCAUACCUGGAGAAGCUGUUAUUGGUUCACGGGGCUUGGAGUUACAACCGGGUCACCAAAUGUAUCCUGUACUGCUUCUACAAGAAUGUGGUACUGUACAUCAUAGAGCUUUGGUUUGCGUUUGUAAACGGUUUCUCUGGACAGAUCCUGUUUGAACGUUGGUGCAUUGGCCUGUACAAUGUGAUCUUUACUGCUCUUCCUCCUUUCACCCUGGGGAUAUUUGACCGUCCGUGCAGUCAGCAGAACAUGCUACGCUUCCCUCAGCUGUACCGCAUCACACAGAACGCAGAAGGGUUUAACACUAAGGUUUUUUGGGGUCACUGUAUAAAUGCUCUCAUUCACUCCAUUAUUCUCUUCUGGUUUCCACUCAAAGUUCUGGAGCACGACACUCCCUUUGACAACGGCAACAGUGUCGACUACCUGUUCGUGGGGAACAUCGUCUACACGUAUGUAGUGGUAACUGUAUGUCUGAAAGCCGGUAUGGAGACCACAGCAUGGACAAGGUUUUCUCAUCUGGCUGUAUGGGGCAGCAUGGUGCUCUGGAUGUUGUUUUUUGCCGUCUAUUCUGCAAUUUGGCCAAGCAUUCCUAUAGCACCGGAUAUGUUGGGCCAGGCUGGCAGGGUGAUGCAGUGCUGGAGCUUCUGGCUGGGCCUGAUACUGGUGCCAACAGCAUGUUUACUCAAAGAUGUGGUGUGGAAUGCAGGGCGGCGUACAGUGAGGAAGACUCUGCUGGAGGAGGUGCAGGAACUGGAAGCUCGGGCUGUGGACCCUGGGGCAGCCGUCCUCAGAGAUGCCAGUGGCCGCAGUCUGAACGAGCGUGCCCACCUGCUGACACGGGUCUUCAGGAAAACGCCUUCCAGCGUGGGACGCUCAAACUCUGUGCAGCAGACCGUGUCACAUGGAUAUGCGUUCUCGCAGGAGGAGCAUGGCGUGGUGUCGCAGUCCCAGGUUGUUCGCUCCUACGACACCACCCGUCAGCGGCCCAGUCUGUAGCUGUAGCCACAGCGACAGCUGGUAGAGACUUUAACGACACACCUGUGCUGGGUGAUCCUGCUGUGGCCUUUAAGCUGAACUAAACUGAACUGGGCACAGCUAGCGCAACACUCAGCCGAGCUACAUAACACACCGCCUCCCGACGAGGGAGUGGAUUUACAGGAAACGGAGGGUUGGGGUGGGCGGGCAUAUUCUCACACCGAAACGGCCAGUCAAAAUGCACUACACACGAAUGGACAGGCGAAAGGAGCCAAGUAGCAUCCAGAAGCGGAAGCCAGAGACAAUGGUGUCUGUAUUACUGUCAUGAGUCACAAGACUGCUUCAUUUGGUUCUACAUGGUGCGGGUGCGUGUUUGCAUCUGCACUUUCGUGUAUGUGAGCGUAUAUAUCGAGAAGGAUGUGCAAUAUGUGCUCUUAUCCGUCGUGUGUGUGUCGGUUGUGGGGCGGCUGUUGCGCUUCUCGGUGUGUCUGCAUGUGUGUGUUUUUGUUGAGUCCUAGCAUCUGCGUCUCCAGAGAUCGGAGUUUGGCGUAUCCGUCAUCACCACGGCGAAGCAGGAGGGGAGGCCACUCUAAACAAACACAAAACAGCCACCCACAUGCAUACACUCUUAUUGGAGGAAUGCCCAUUGCAGACCUGAGAUGGGGGAGGUGUGGCUUACAGAUGCCGCAGACACACGCAUGCACCCACACGCAUGCACCGUUCCCAUCCAGCGAGGCUGCCAAAACACACAGUGAUUCCUGUGAGGCGGAACCCCCACCCUGCAGCAUGGAGCUUCCCAGCUUACCACACACACACAAAUACACCUUCUCUCGCUCUCUGUCUCACCUAAUCUUCUACUUAAUGGCGGCCUCUGUAUCUUAGAGCUCAUGUUCUCUCCGUCUGCCUCUGUCUUUGAUUCUCUCUCUUUUUCCAGAUCGCCAAUCUCCAUGUCUCCUUGUUCUCUUGGUCUAGUUAUCCUGUCAUUCCCUCUCUGUUCCAGUCGGUGGCUGCUGUGGAUCACAGCUGUAGCUUUUGCUUUGUUCGCUUUUACUCGACUUGUCGGGUUUCUGAACCGUUUUGUCAAAUAAACUGGACUUGUGACUCUG